UAAAAAAAGGUACAAAGUUGUAUCACUUGUGCCAUCAAUAGUACUAGGACAUAAAGGGAAAGUAACAACCUCAUAAAAGUUAUAUUUAUAGUACCCAUAAGAUUAGCUGUUCUCAAGACUAAGUUAUUGUUGUGACUUUGUAAUUUCUUCAGUUCAGUUUGUUUAGUUGUACAAUGAAUCAGUUUCAUGUUACCAUUGAUGGAACUAGCAAUACAAUAGUUCAGGGAUGAUACAAUAUAUCCUAAAUUAGUGACACUAGUACCAGUGAUGGUGCAAAACUAUAAAAAAGUAUCACCUGUACCAUCAAUGGUACUAUCCAUUGGUACUACUGACAUAAAGUAUCAACCUCAUAAUAGUUAUAUUUAUAGGACCAUAAAAUUAGUUCUUCUCAAGAGUUAAUUAUUGUUAUGCAUUUGUAGUUUUUUCUUCAGUUUGUUUAGUUGUAUAACAAAUCAGUUUUAUUUGGAACUAGCAAUACAAUAUAUCCUGAUGGGGAUGGUACAAUAUAUCUUAAAUUAGUGACACUAGUACACUUGUACCAUCAAUGGUACUAUUGACAAAGGGAAAGUAACAACCAUAUAAUAGUGAUAUUUAUAGUACCCAUAAUAUUAGCUCUAUUAAAGACUAACUUAUCGAUGUGAGUUUGUAGUUUCUUUUUGGUUUUGAGCCUCUGAGCCUUUCGAGUAUCUUCUGAGCCAAAAAUACUGGGUUCAUAUUUACUAUAGGAGUGUAAAGAUUGGGCUGUUCGUGAAGAACACUAUACAAGUCAAAACUAAGUUGUACUAACUUGUACUUAUGUAAUAUUUCCCACAAAACUAUGAUUUCUACUCUUGAUUUCAUUUAGCCAACACUUAAGGAAUUAUAUAUAUAAAUUUCAUGCCAUAUACCCAUUGUAAUACAAUCAUUUUAAGAAAUACAACAAUAUUAAUUUAACAAUUUAUUUACAACUGCUGUAAGAAAACAUAUGUAUUUGACUGUUUAUUUAUCACAUGAAUAAAUAUUACUUACUUAAAUAGAUUUAAUUAUACUAAAUUGUUACAAUAAAACCCUUUAUUCUUUUGAUCCUAUACUCGUGUUUUUUAACAUCUGAAACAAAUAAAAUAUGAUCAGAAAAUUAAUUGUCAUUGGAACUAUAACAAAAUAAGUGCUUAUUUUCCUGUGUAACCUUGGCUGUUCCCUUGAGGGUACAAUGGCAAAUAAAUUUUAUAAGGGUACAGUACCCUUGACCAUUAACCUGGCCAAAUUAAACAGAUCAAUCUCAGAAGAUCCAUUGGCCAGAUCCAGAAUGAAUCUAGUGAGUUUUCUUAAAUUUCUUUUGUUCUUUUUAUUAGGUAACCUAUUUCAUAACCUAUAACAAUGUUUCUAAUAAAUUUGAUGAUAAUGUUAGGAGAAUGAAAUAAUGUGUGGACCUUCAUAAACGGCAGAUUAUUUUUUUCUUCUGGAGAUACCAGACUCUCCAUGUCUUGCAAUUUAUACCAGCCGUAGUGUGCGCCGAUAAUAACAGCAAUGCAAAAACAAUUUGACGUUUUGUAAAGUAUAGUGAAAUGGAAUGGAAAAUAAAUAUUUCUUUAAAAACAUGGUGGCAGCUCAGUGAAGAGAGCGAUUUUUUCGGCUAGUCAUUAAAUUUUGGAGCUUAUUUUAUAAGAGUGUUUGAUACAAAUUGUAAACACCACAUCAAUAAGCUUCAUAAAAUUCAGGAUGACGUCUGAAGAAACCCAGAUUUCCGAUAACCUGAAAGUAUGUUACGAGAAUCUUAUUGUGAUUGAUAUAGGCGCAAACCUGACAAACAAGAAGUACGGCCGUGAUCUCGAUUCUGUUAUACAAAGGGCAAAGGAUGCAGGUGUCCAAAAGAUUAUGGUCACAGGCACAUCAGUCAGGAAUAGUAAAGAAGCUCUUCGACUGACACGUCUCUAUCCAGGCACAAUAUAUUCUACAGCAGGCGUUCAUCCUCAUGAUGCGAAGUCGAUGGUGGAAGAGGAGAUGUGGUCCGAAUUGCGGCAAAUAGCGAGUGCACCCGAGUGUGUGGCCGUCGGAGAGUGCGGACUCAACUACAGCAAGGACUUCUCUGAACCGCAUGUGCAGCGGACAGCCUUUAAACGACAGGUUGAAAUGGCGUGCGAACUCAGGAAGCCGCUGUUUGUUCACGAGAAGGAAGCCCAAGAUGACCUGGUGAAGAUACUGGAUGAGUUUGGAUCCCGACUGCCCCCAGUGGUGGUGCACUCGUUCACUGGCUCCGUGGAGCAGGGCAUGAAGUACAUCGAGAGGGGAUAUUAUAUCGGCAUCACGGGGUACAUCUGCAAGGAUAAGUCAGACGGCGGCAUCCGGCGGUUGCUUUCGGAAAGAAUGCUGCCUCUGGACCGAUUGGUUGUGGAAACCGACUCCCCGUUCAUGUACCCCAACAUGCGCGCCUCCAAACUACCCCUGCAUGUUAAGGACUCGCUGACGGAAAGGUCGAUGAACUUCGUGAACCGCUAUUGCACGUUCCAACGCAACGAGCCGUGCGCUCUACCAGCCAUAGUUGAGUUAGUAGCAGGGUUCUUAGGGCAGAGUCCUGAGGACGUUGCCCUAGCUACUGCCUUCAACGCCCUGAAGAUCUUCGGACUGAGCCAGUGAGUAGCAUUAGUCAGCUACCCGGGAGUUGCAGGCAAAUUAGUAUUGUGAAAAGUAAUGAAAAAAGCUUUACAUUGUAGUUAAAUUAUUUGCAUUUGUAUCGAGGAGUGUGGUUUAUUUUCUGUUUAAUGUCGUUUUGAACUAUUGUAAACUAAGGAUUUUGCUUGUCGUAUAAAUACGCCACUAGCAAAUUGUUUGUCAGAUAUAUAAGACUAAAUCGGUUACAAUACAUGUGAGUUCUUUCUUUCGGAAGCUUUAUUACAACACAGACUUAGGCCAGUAUUAUAGAAAGAUUCUCAGUGAUUGAGCUUCUUGAGCAUAGUUAGAAAGGGAUGUCGCUAUAUAUAGCACAUAGCGACAUCCCUUUCUAACUGUACUCAAGUGAAGAUCAACACUUAGUUGUCAUUCUGUAAUACGGGCCUAAAACUCGAAUGAAUGUAGGAUAAACAUAGUUUUGCCAAUUAUAUUUUCAUCCGUAUCGUCAAGUUUAUUACGAGAUCUAAUUGUUUGAACAAAUAUAAUGUUACAUUUUCUGAUAGUUUUUAACUUAAAAAUAUACAAUUAAUUUGCCUGCAACUCGGAAAUGUCACAGGAUAACGCUUGCCAAAGUCGCAUUGUAGAAUUAAGUUAUCAAUUUGGCCCUCCCACUUGUGUCUUGUCGUGUUGUGAUGUAAAAACUGACAAUAAUAUAACUAGUAGACAUAGCAAAUUAAUGCAUUGCCCAUAGGGAUGGUUAGCGAGAUUUUAAAUCAUUAAUACUAAUAUAAACAAAUGAAAGGGCCAAAUUGAUGGUAAACAUAAAUCAAAAUCAAAGAAUUGAAAAAUAUAUAAUGGCCUUGGGGCUUUGUGCCUUAUGUCUAUGGAAUGGAAGGUGAUAUUCCCGUGAUGGGUACUUAUAUAUUUAUAUAUAAAGUAAUGGUUUCUUCAAACGUCAUCCCACUGUAAAUUGGAAAUACUCAAAAAUGUAUUGGAAAGCAUUCUCAUCUUUAUAACAAUCAGGUUAGUUUUUAAUUGAAAGAGGCUGAAUUGUACUAACCAUAUUAAUUUUAAAAAUCUUGCCAUCGAUUAAUGAUUACAGUAAUUUUAAAACAUACUCGCCUCUAAAAAGAACGAAAUAUUUGAAACAAUCGAAAAUGUGUUUGUUAUGAAAGAAGUUUCAUCACUGGAGCAGCUAUUUUUUAUUAAAUUUUGAUUUUGCAAAAUCAAAAUGGAACGAAGUGUUUUUUUUAAUGCGAACGGCGUACCUGAACGCUCGAAGUCUAUUUAAUGCCAUUUUGAUGAGAGAAAGCAUAAUAUUUUGAUGACGUAUUUGUUUAUGGUUAAGAUUAUUUUUGUCUAUGACACAUGUUUACUUUGGCUUAUUGUUAGCGGAUUGUGUUGCACUUGCCUUGUUAGCUAUUUUAAGUGUAUAUGGUGGCAAUGUUCCGGAUUAUAGUCGAUGUGAUCUCAUCCAUAAUAUGAAGUGCGUUGAAUGAAUGAAUGAAUAAAAAAAUUCAACAUUUUUUUCGAAUCAUUCGCGAAGAAUUUAUUCGUUAUUGUUAAAAAUUGUAACAUUUGUUAAGACUCGAAGUUUGCGGUUGAUUCGUGAAAAGUGUUGCCAUGCAAUAUAUGCUGUUAUUGAUGUAGUUAUAAAGGCGAUUUCUACUUGAAACAUGAUGCAGAAAGCCUUUAUAUGGCAGAGGCCUUUAUAAUUGUUGUAUUUUAUGAAAUGUUGUGUAUUAUUUAAUGAAUAUGACAGUUUUUAAAGUAGCAACAUGUUUCAAGUAGCAUGCGCCUGCGCAGUUAGUGAGCGCAAUAUGACAGUUCUAUAUGCCUUUACCAAAUUGCCAUUAGUAUGUUAUUUUCAUGUACGUUUUUUUUAUUCAGUGAAUAUAAUAAUAAUCAAUUGCCACUGUAUUGUCUUUCACGCACGGUGUUAGGUGUCUUGUAUGUAGUAACUUCGCUCUGCGCAGAGCAUUCCUAAUCGAAUAAUUAAAAAGCAACUAUUAUUUCGUCGAAUAUUUUGUAAAUAGUUAUUAAAAUGUUAAUUAUUCUAUUGUGUAUUAUUAUGUAAAUGUUAAUGCUGGUAGUCACAACGAAAUCAAAGACUGCAGGUAUUAGAGAUGUGAAAUUUGACAUUAUGAAUAUUAUUAUGACGUUUCUUUUUGUAAUGUUUUUGUACGUAUUUAAUCGUUUAUUGUGUAAGGGUAUUAUUGUUAUUGAUUCCUUUAUUUUUUGACAAUCACUUUGUUGUAGUUUGUAAGGCGUUCGGACCCCGGUUAUGUAAAAAUGAACAGAAUAUUUAUAUUUGUAAUUAUUAUACAUAGUGUCGACUCUAUAUUUGGGCACAUGAAGCUUAAUUUAUUGUAGACUAGUAGAUUAUAUUUUCUAACUGAUUUGUAUACAACGAGAAGGGUCCGUUGUUAAUUAGUGCCUUUCGACAAACGUCCUUUGUGAUAAAUAAUAUAUUCUUAUAAUGUACAGAUUAUAUCUUUCAAUAUACAAAUGUAAAAAAAAA